AUGAUAAUCCAGUACAAUGCGAACUUCAAGAUUGUUGAUGCCAGUUCUAAACAAGAAGUACGAGUAGAGGAAAUAAGGGACAGAGUUGCUAAAAUAUCGAGAUUACUUAUGAAGAUAGAGAUUAACAAGUCAGAUGUAUUAUUCGUUAAAGUAAAACGAACUAUCGACACUGUGCUGAUAAUUAUUGCAUGUAUUCAACUUCGAAUCACUUUCACUUUUUGUGAAGACAAUUCUAAAGAAUCAAGUCUCGAAUCAAAUCAAAAAUUUCGAACAACGUUGGUAUAUGAUGGAAAACAGAUUUUUCGAAUCUCGGAAAACAACGGAAAUGACAGUACGAUUGAUGAAAUUUGUUAUGUUAUCUACACGAGUGGAACUUCUGGAAAUAUAAGGAAACAAGUUGCAGUUCCAGUCUCAUGUAUUGAAAAGAAUGUUGAGUAUUUCUGUUCAAUAUUCCAUGUGGAACCAUCGGAUUCAAUUCUUUUUUCCACUUCCCUACAAUUUGAUCCUUCAAUUAUUGAACUGUUUAUGGCAUUUCACGUUGGAUGUCAAUUGGUCUUAACUCCCGAUAAUUUUAGAAAUGAACCACAUCGAUUACAAAACGCAAUUGAAGAGUUCAGGCCCACCAUUGCACAGAUGCUCCCGUCACCAGAUUCAUUGCUCUCCGCCACAUCAUCUUUGCGAAUUCUUCUUCUUGGAGGUUCAAAUUUCCCAUUAUCAUUCAUCAACUCAGUCAGAAGUCCCGAUAACCAAACACGAGUGUUCAACGUAUACGGAGUGACUGAAGUAUCAUGCUGGGCUACUAGUUUCGAAGUUGAAGUUGAUUGUCCAGAAGUUUUGAUUGGAACUGAAAUCACUGGAACAACACUCGAAAUAGAUUCAAAUGAUCAAUUGGUUUUAGGUGGUUCCAGACAGUGUUAUGUGAAUGGGCGGAAAGGAAAGAAACAUGAAACAGGAGAUCGAGUGAGAAGAAAAGAAAAUGGAGCAAUUAAAUUGGUUGGAAGAGUUGACAGAAUGAUUAAACAUAGAGGGAUCCGAAUAUGUCUGGAUGAUCUCUCUGAAUUGGCAAACCGGGAGAAUUCAUCAAUUCAAUCGGUUCAUUUCAUUCACUUCAACAAUCGACAUAUUGUGCAAUUCAUAAGUGGACCUGAUUCGACGCCAUCCACAGAUACUAGUCAUACGAAAAUAAUGAAGUUGGAUGACUCGAAUUCCAUCAUUGUUUCUGUAAUUCACGUGGCAAGUCUUCCGAUAAAUUCAAGUGGAAAAGUGGAUGAGAAUGAAUUGAGAAGAAUUAGCAAUGAACACUUCAUAAAAGUAUGCAGAGACACCUCGAGUAUAAUUCAGGAAUUUUUGAAAAAAAGACGGGGAAUCGAUCUGACAAACGUUUUGGAUCAGAGCUUCGUGUCAAUAGGAAUCAAUUCAUUGAUGGCGGCAGAGUUAUCUAUAUCAUUUGGAGAAAUUGAAGAAGUUGCAAUGAGAGAAAUUUUGAAUGAUAAAAUAACAAUUCGAAGUUUUUUGAAUCAGUUUAUAUCAGAGAAGUUGGAAGAAUUGGAUCAUGAAGAAUCAGAAACAAUCAAAAUCAAAGUCUCAAUAAGACGACAACCGAGAAUGAAUUGGGCAGUGGAUUUAUGUAAAUGCAUUGAUGGGAGUAUUCUAGUGUUGAACGUAAAUAUGAUAAUUUGCGCUUCUCAUUCUGGAAUUGUUGUUGCUGUCAAUCCACUGACUGGUGACUGUUUAUGGAGAACUAACUGCGGGGUUCGAUUUGAAUGCAAACCGAUUUCAGUGAAGAAUUUCAUAGUUAUUGGUUCAAAGAAAAGUGGACUAUAUUUUCUGAGAGCUGAUUCUGGUGAACUUUUCAAAACCCAAAAAUACGAAGAAGAUUUUGGAAUACGAUCACAAUGUGCUUCCGAUGGAAAACUGAUUUACUGUACAACAGAAAACGGUUACUUUCACGCAAUCGAUUCUGAGACUCACUUAUCAAUAUUCCGUCAACUGAUUGAUGAAAAUGGCGGAGGGACGUCAAUUGGACCAGUGAUUUCUUCUGAUGGAUCUAUACUUGUGACAACAACUUCUGGUUGUUUGACUAGAAUUCUCGUAAAAUAUGAUAGUCAGAAACACCCAGUAUUCAAUAUUUCGUUUUUCAAACGGUUUGGUCCAAUAUUCUCAGAAGUUGUAUUUCUCGAUGGCAACUCAAUAUUGAUAAGUUCUGUUCAUGGAGUUUUGACGAUUCUAAAUUCCACAACUGGAGAAGAAAAGGAAUCUAUUUCGUUAGAAAACGAGAAUUGUUUCUGUGCUCCAUUGAAAACUGGGAACAAACUAAUUGUUGCUACUCAAUCUGGCAAAAUUAUCACUUUGAACAUCUCUUCGAAACUAACUGUUUCGAAAAUAUUCCAAUUUGAUGUACCAGGAAUAUCAUUUGUGAAAACCCCGAAACUAAUAGAUCCAUGGAACUCCUUAGACAAUUCUCCAAAACUUAUGAUGAUUUCAAAAAAUGGAAUGCUUCUUUUCGGAAGAUUUGAGAAUCGCGAAACGUUGGAAGAAGUGACCGCAUUUCCAAUUUCGAAUAAAGAAGUUUUCACAUCUCCGGAGUUUUUUAACUACCAUGAUCAAAAGUUUAUUCUGAUAGCUGGAAGGGAUGAUUAUUUGAGGUCUUGGAAUGCAUCUGCUGGUCAGUUUAUAAUAUAUAAUGCUGGAGAAUCAAAUGAACAAAAUGGAAUAUUGAGAGUUUUAAAUCCGAGAAUCGUCGAUGCAGAAAAUGGCGAUUGUGUCAAAGUAGGCGAGAAUGGAAAGCUGAAAAUAUCAUCUUGGAUUGCAUUCAGUUCAAAUGAGAACCAUCUCACAUUCGAUAGACAAUUUGGAUACGCGGAUUGGUAUGGAUUCGUGGACUGUUCUGCUGUUCGUACCAAUCCAUCAUUUUCUGCAUUUAAAACUGAUAUCACUGUUAAUGACUCGAAAUUCAAUAUUAAUCAAAUAUUCAAAGUGGUUCGAAUAAAAUCUAAGAUAGAUCCAAGAUCUAAUCGAGAGGAAUAUGAUUUGUUGAUGAAGAAAAUGGAAGAAGAAGAAGAAGAGCAACUUCUGGAAAAAACAAAUAAUUUGGAUUCUAGUUCAGGACAAUUGAAUCCUGAAAGACCAUCAAGAAGUGUGGACGCACAAAGUGCUCAGAAUAAGAUACCAUCAAUGCAUAAAAAGAAAUCAAGUGAUUCCGGUCCUCCAAUCAACAUCUUAGCAGGACUUUCAUUUAUGAACAUUUCUGGACCAGUCCCCCCAACGCAGUCUUUAUUUGAGACGAGUUCAUCUGCAAACACUUCCAGUCACUCUCCAAUUCCUCCUCCACUCAGUUCUCUUCCACCUGCGCCUCAAUUCGUCGUGCAUGGAUUGGUGAUUCAAAAAGAAGCGGAUAAUUGUUUCAUUGUAUGGUUGUUUGAUACCAAACAAAUUGCUUAUUUGCCAAUAUCAACUCAAGGAUAUGUUAUUGUUGGAACAUGUUAUGAAUUCAGUGUAAUAUCCAAAAAUGAUGGAUCUGCAUGUGAAAUAACGAAUGUCGGAAAACAUCUAGAAAUGAAACCUGCGAAUUCAUUCGAGAUUCAUCAGACGAUGGAUAAAAUAGUGGUUGGAAUCCACGUGGAUCUCUGUUGUCCUAAUACAAGAUGUCAAUUAUGGUCCUUUUAUAUGGGAAUCCCAUUCUUCAACUCUCCAGAUGUUGGAAUAUUGGAUACACCUAUUGGAUUACAUCUACAAUGGCAGGAAACGCUGAGAUUAUAUCUGGGAGAUCCACGUGCUAAAAAUAUGCAAUGUAUUUGUCAAUUAGUGAAACAAAAACUGCCACAAAAGUUGCACAAUUCUUUCAAAUCCGAUGAUUUCGUUAGUUCUUCAAGAUAUAUUUGGCAGAUUGUGGAAGUUUGUUCAUCGGAGCAACAUCAUCAAAUAAGAGAAGCCCAGUUGAAACGCGAGAAUCUUGGAUCGAAUGGGGGUGAACUUGAAGAAGAAGACGAAAUUGCAAGGCAGAAACGAAAUAAUCGCCCUUCUGUUCGCUUUGAAUCAUAG